ACAGCAGUAAUUGUCAUUGGUGACACAGUUCAGUUAAAAGGUGGAGGCACCAGAAGGUACUUCCUGUCAGGUGAAGAGCAGUCAGUCCAGUGUCACUGUCAUUGCUGCCUUUUGACUGGGCUGGCCCCCUUCCUGGACAGCAGGACCCUGGCCGAGGAAUAAACCAAUACAAUGGAUUGGGGCACCCUGCACACUUUCAUCGGGGGUGUGAACAAACACUCCACCAGCAUCGGGAAGGUGUGGAUCACUGUCAUCUUCAUCUUUCGUGUCAUGAUCCUCGUGGUGGCUGCUCAGGAAGUGUGGGGUGAUGAACAGGAAGACUUUGUCUGCAACACUCUGCAACCGGGAUGCAAAAAUGUAUGCUAUGAUCACUUUUUCCCAGUGUCCCACAUCCGGCUGUGGGCCCUGCAACUCAUCUUUGUCUCCACCCCAGCCCUGCUUGUGGCGAUGCACGUUGCCUACUACCGGCAGGAGGCCGCCCGCAAAUUCAGACGAGGAGAGAAGAGAAAUGAAUUCAAAGACUUGGAAGACAUUAAAAAGCAGAAGGUUCGGAUCGAGGGAGCCCUGUGGUGGACGUACACCAGCAGCAUAUUUUUCCGAAUCAUCUUUGAAGCUUCCUUUAUGUAUGUGUUUUACUUUCUCUACAAUGGGUACCACCUGCCCUGGGUGCUGAAAUGUGGGAUUGAUCCUUGCCCCAACCUUGUUGACUGCUUCAUCUCUAGACCUACGGAGAAAACCGUGUUCACCAUUUUUAUGAUCUCUGCCUCGGUGAUUUGCAUGCUACUCAAUGUGGCUGAGUUGUGCUACCUGCUGCUGAAAGUGUGUUUCAGGAAAUCAAAAAGAGCCCAGACACAAAGAAACCACCCCAGUCAUGCCCUAAAGGAGAGUAAGCAAAAUGAAAUGAAUGAGCUGAUUUCAGACAGUGGUCAGAAUGCAACCACUGGUUUUCCAAGUUAGACAUUUCAGAGUGCUGUGUAGCCAGCUGCUAACAAAACUGGAAUCUUCUCCUAAGGACCCUCUCUCUAGGCUAGAGACUGUGUUUAUAAAUGGCUCUCAUAAUACAUAGGUACCUGAAUUAAUGUUUUAUAGAAUAAUUGUGCCAUUAAUAUGCAACAUGAUUACAUAUGUCAUCCAUCUCUAAAAACUAAGACAGGUUGAUAACCAUGCCUUGAAGCUUCUUUCACAUGUCUGUUUUACGUGGACCAUCUGACAUAGUGGAUAUUUCCUGAAACUUAAGACUGUAACUUUUGUUAAUAAUGUUAAUCUAGAAAUGAAUAAUUUUAAUAGUAAAGGGUAUUUUUAUAGGAUUAAGUGUUUUAGUACUGACUUUGAAUUUAUAUAUUUUUAUAAUGACUAGUCUUCUUUACCUGGAAAAACAUAUGAUGAUAGUUUUAGAAUUAUACAUUAAGUAUUUAAAUUUUGAACUUACUAUAUCUUGUUGUAAAUCAUAUUUUGCAUUGUUUAUCAACAAGUUUAUAAACUAGCACGAUGCUCUAGAAAGUGUUCAUUGUACAAUAUAUUUUUACGGCUUUGUGAAUGUUGAUAGAGCUAUAUGGAGGUCGAAAGCUUUUUAAAACUAGUCCAUUUGCAGUAGUUGUGAAUUGCUCCCCUAAAUAAAGUUGAGCUCCACUGCUUAAGCCUU